AUGAGGCACACGAUACUUUUAUUUUCACUCGUGGUCGCAGUAGUGGCUGAGGCGCCGUAUCACCUGCCUCGCCCAGCGCCGCAGUUCUCUCAUCAAAGUCACCAUUCUUCAAAUGGCUAUAAUUACCAAAGACCAGUCCAGCCAGCUCUUCCUAUACCACAACCCCAACCUGUCUAUCAGCCACAGCCAGCUCCUCAACCUUUGCCCGUAUUUCAACCUCAGCCGCAACCUUUGCCAGUAUUUCAACCUCAGCCACAACCUAACCCAUCUUAUGGACCUCCCCAACCCAUCCGUCCACUUCCAGUAAUUGUACCUCAACCCCAACCCGUAUACCAACCACAACCUGCUCCUCAACCCCUACCUAUAUAUCAACCACAGUCUGCUCCUCAACCCCAACCUAUAUAUCAACCACAGCCUGCUCCUCAACCCCAACCUAUAUACCAACCACAACCAGCUCCUCAACCCCAACCUAUAUAUCAACCACAGCCAGCUCCUCAGCCCCAACCUAUAUAUCAACCACAGCCAGCUCCUCAACCACAGCCUAUCCCUCAACCCCAACCAAUUUAUUUACCGCAACCUAUUGCUCCUCAACCACAACCACAACCUAUUUUGCCUCAGCCCAGUCCCUCAUACGGAGUUCCUCAACCGCAACCACAGCCGCAACGCAUAAUCCAAUACCAACAACAACAACAACAAAAUCAAGAUUACUCAUACCAACAAUCGUCUCAACAAAAUGCUUUAUCCAGUUACCAGGCUGACUUCGCCCAGUACAACAAUGCUCAGCAACAACAGACACACAAUGAAGCUCUCGACGAAGCCGUCGUAUCGCGAGUACAAAAUAUAAUAAAAGAUAACGAACAUUCUACCGCUAAGGACGCUGGUUACUUAUCCUUAGUCUCUGGAGUGUCUUUGGAAAAUGCUAAACCCAGCAUCGAAAUUUUAUCAUUCGUACAUAAUUCGCCACUGUCAGUCGGAUCUAGUCAAUCCUCGAGUUUCCUAUCUAGUGGAAGCAGCUCCACUACUGGAUUUUUGCCUCAAAAUAAACCUGCUACGUCUUAUGGUUUGCCCAAUUAGUUAAAUCAAUUUCAGUGAUACACCGCUUGUAAAUAAUAAAUGUAAGCUUUAAAUUUUGUAAAUAAAUGUUGUAUAUAAAUGAA